GCUACAAGAGCCAUAGCUAAAAAACAUUAAGCAAUAUUUAUUAUCGCCAAUUGACUUAAAUUUACAUAAGAUUAUAAUUUAACCUUCCCUCCAUUGACCAAUGUUGCUAAAUGUUUAAGUUUAGUACAAAACAAGUAAAGCAAGUCAGUAUAUUGUGAACUUUGAGCAGGAUAAGUUGUAGUGUUAUCCUUAGAAAUAUACUAUCGCAUUUAUCGGUGAAAAUUGUUGUUUUUAAUUACAGUGAUAACAAUAUGAUUAAGGGAGCAGUAAGUUUGGUAACUGGUGGAGCCUCUGGAUUGGGAAAGGCGACGGUAGAAAGAUUGGUUCAACAAGGAUGUAGAGUAGUACUUUGUGACUUACCAGCUUCCAAAGGAAAAGAAGUAGCAAGCACUAUAGGCGAAGAUAAAGUACUAUUUGCACCAGUAAACGUUAUUUCAGAGGAAGAUGUCAAAAAUGCUCUAACGGCAGCCAAAGAUAAAUUCGGAAGACUAGAUAAUGUGAUAAACUGUGCAGGGAUUGGUGUAGCAUUUAAAACUUAUAAUUUUAAGAAGAAUGUACCUCAUAGUUUAGACGAUUUCAUCAAAGUUUUACAGGUUAACACCAUUGGCACAUUCAACGUUAUUCGACUGUCCGUAGGACUUAUCGGGCAAAAUGACCCAGAUCAACACGGCUGUAGAGGAGUCGUCGUAAAUACAGCUAGUGUAGCAGCAUAUGACGGUCAAAUGGGCCAGGUAGCAUAUUCUGCUAGUAAGGGAGCUAUAGCUGGUAUGACUUUGCCUUUAGCUAGAGAUUUGGCGAGCCAAGGGAUCCGUGUGGUUACUAUAGCACCAGGUCUGUUUAAAACACCUUUAUUUGAUGCAUUGCCUGAUAAAGUAGUUCAAUUUUUGUCUAAAUCUGUUCCAUUUCCUCCGAGACUUGGUAAUCCAGAAGAAUUCGCACAUCUGGUUCAGAGUGUAAUAGAAAAUCCAAUGAUGAAUGGUGAAGUUAUUAGAUUGGAUGGAGCUUUGAGGAUGCAACCAUAAUGGCUAUGAAUAGAUGUCAAGAAUAAAUGGUUUUACAUUUCAUUUAUUAUUUUUAGUGUUUAUUAUUUUUUAAUGUAGUUUUUUAAAUAAAUAUUAUUCCGUAAU